AUGGGUUCUUACAGCAAGUCGUCACCUUACGAGGACGGGUUGGAAGACCCCGUGGUCAUUGUCGGACUGUCGUUCCGAUUCCCUUCGGAUGCUGUAUCCGAGGAAUCUUUCUGGGAAAUCCUGCGUGAGGGCCACUCCACGAUGACGGAGGUUCCGGCCAGCCGUUACAACAUCAACGGCCAUUAUUCUGACGCAUCCGGUCGGCAACAUGGGGUCACUGCGCGAGGCGGGCACUUCAUCAAGGGAGACAUAUCGGCCUUUGACGCCCCAUUCUUCAAAAUGAGCGCUGCUGAAGCAAAGGCGAUGGACCCCCAGCUUCGAGUUUUGCUGGAGACAACAUACCACGCAUUCGAGUCCGCGAAUCUCUCCCUUGACGACGUUGCCGGGAGCAAUACAUCGGUGUACGUUGGGAGCCUUUCGCAAGAAUACGAUUCAUUAUUUGCCUUCGAUGAGGAGAUAGACGCAAAGUAUCAAGCCAUUGGAACCUCCUCAUCUAUGCUUUCCAAUCGAGGGGAGUCCGAUAUGAGCCUUGUGGGUGGUGUCCAGAUGCAACUGGAACCACGGAAAAUGACCGCAGCGGUCUCGAGGCUGGGAUUCCUGUCUCCCGAUAGCCACUGCUACAGCUUCGAUGAUCGAGCCAACGGCUACAGCAGGGGCGAAGGCGUUGCGAUGCUCGUUCUCAAGCGUCUUUCGAAGGCGCUCGAAGACGGUGACACGAUCCGAGCUGUCGUCCGCGGGACGGCCACGAACCAGGACGGCCGGACACCUUCCAUCACACAGCCGAGUCCCACUGCGCAGGCCGCCUUGAUUCAAAGGACUUACCAGAUGGCAGGGUUGGAUUUCAAGGAUACAGGCUACUUCGAAGCCCACGGCACGGGUACCGCGGUGGGCGAUCCUAUCGAGGCUUCCGGUAUCAGCCAGGCGUUCACGCGCUAUCGUGAUCCUCAAAACCCUCUUCAUGUUGGGUCUGUGAAAGCCAACAUCGGUCAUCUGGAGUCGUCGGCUGGUUUGGCUGGGCUUAUCAAGACUGUCCUCGUGCUUGAAAAGGGGGUGAUCCCGCCCAAUGCCCUUCUCAAGAAUCUCAAUCCAAAGAUACUGGCUGAUAAGUGGCAUCUCAACGGAGCGCAGUGGGCAUCCAUGGGUGUGGAACUCCUGGCCUUUUCCGUCUUCGGGGAGUCGGUAGAGUACGCCGAUGCUUAUCUUCGCUCCAUAGGCUCAACAUGGUCUGCCGUUGAUGAAUUAUGCAAACCGGCAGCAACAUCCAACAUCCACAUUCCGAGUCUCGCCCAGCCGCUGUGCACCAUACUGCAGAUAGCGCUCGUCGACCUGCUUUCCUCGUGGAACAUCCACCCCCAGGCCGUCGUAGGCCAUUCAUCCGGCGAGAUCGCCGCUGCGUACUGUGCCGGCAGCCUCAGCAGGGACUCUGCGCUACGAGUGGCCUACUUCCGCGGCGAGUGCGUCUCGAGGCUGCUUGAAGACACCAAACGAGAGCUAGGAGGCAUGCUCGCCGUCGGGCUGUCGGAAGAGGAGCUGCAGCCCCACAUCCAAGCUGUUCUCGGCGACGGUGACCCAGAUGGACUGCAGUGUGGCUGUCUCAACAGCCCCAAGAGUACCACGGUGACCGGGCUCGACAGAUAUCUCGACGCGCUCGCGAGCCGCCUGGAGGAACUCAGGAUCUUUUCGCGCAAGCUCAACGUUCCCGUUGCAUACCACUCUCGGCAGAUGCUCGCGGUUGCCGGCAGCUACCGGUCUAGCCUCGAGGGCUACCUGAAACCUGGCGCAAAGGGAAGAAGCAGCGGCGCACCGGCUCUGUUCUCAUCUGUGACGGGCAUGAAAGCGUCCAAGGGUGAUCUGAGUAGCGCAGACUACUGGGUUGAAAACCUGGUCUCCCCCGUCAGAUUCUCGCAGGCACUGCAGCUCAUGUACACGUCACUGCAGAACGGUGAAGAGGGCCAGACGAAGCCCCUGGCGUACCUCGUGGAAGUGGGCCCACAUUGUGGCCUCGAACGGCCUAUCCGAGAUUCAUUGCCCGAGGACUCUGCCUUCGUGUACGAUUAUACUCUGCGCCGCAACUCCUCGUCGGUCGACGAUGUGAAAGGCUUGGCUGGGAGGUCAGCUACCCACGGAUACGCGGUCGAUGCGCAAGCUGUCAACGGCCAGCUUGGUCGGCUGCGUCGGCUGCAGGAGCCGAAGAUGCUCUUCGACCUGCCAAAGUAUUCCUUCAACCACUCUCAGAGCUAUUGGGUAGAAAGCCGACUAUCUCGGAACACUCGGAACCGCGAGCACCCGCGGCACGAGCUGCUGGGGACUCGUUCUGCGGACUGGAACCCCCUGAGGCCGACAUGGCGGCUCGUCAUCCGAGACUCAGACCUCCCAUGGGUCGCCGACCACAAGGUCGACGGCAUUAUUCUGUAUCCCGCCGCAGGCAUGCUGGUCAUGGCCAUCGAGGGUCUGCGGAGCCUUCAGACCGAACCUUCACGAGUCUCCGGCUACACGUUGAAGGACGUGAACAUCGGGAGUGCCCUGGUCGUUCCCACGGGGGACGAGGGCGUCGAAACACAGCUGCACCUGGGCCCUUGCAACCCGACCAGUGACACUCAGAAGGGCAUAUCUGUCGAGGAAAACGCCACCGACGACACGGUGUCAGAGACGGGAGGCGGUCUUGCCCAUGGAACGACAGCAAGAAGCUUCGGCAAGGUUCUCGAGCGCUGCUCGAGCAGUAUCGACAGAAAGGCAUUCUACCAAGCUGUCUUGGAGAAGUCAGUGGACCUCGGCCAAACCUUCCGCACCUUGCACGACAUUCGUUUCAACGAAGCUGACCGAGAGGCUACCGCCAACCUGCCUUUUGCCGACUGGAGGCAGCAGGUUCGGGACACGAAGCUGUCUGAGCAUCUGAUUCACCCAACCACCCUGGAUGGACUGCUGCAUAUCCCCUUCGCCUCCAUCUUCCCCAAGCUCCCCGUCAUCCCCUCUGUGGUGCCCCGGCAGAUCAACGAGAUCUACAUCUCAAACGACCUACUAAACGACGCAGCAAGCGACACGCUGCGCCUGUACGGCAACACCACAGAGCUCGGCGUCUUCCACAUAAACGCUGACGUCGCUGCUGUGGGAGGCUCUUCAGAGAAGCCACUUAUCUAUCUACGAGGCGUCAAACUCCUUGGGUUCCACGCCACCGACCAGCGGGGAACGGCCUCAUCCGGCCCCACGAGCCUUUUCCACCGGUUCGAAUGGAAGCCAGACCUCAGCCUGCUGUCUCAGGACGGAAUAGAGCAGUAUUGUCGGGAUCAUACGGCCAGGAAGGGAGUAGCCACCAGCGGCUUCGACGGCGAGACAGAGCGCAUUUGUCGCUAUUUCUUGUCUGCAAUGUUAGAAGAGCUGGACGCGACCGCCUCUGAGCAAGGCCCAAGGAUCUCAUCGAAGCCUUCUAUCCAGAAUUACGUCAAGUGGGCAAGGUCAUUCCUGGAGAAUGAGAGCCGGUCCACCACAAGCCUCCAGGAAGCCUACCCUGGGUUUGAAGACGACGGCCUGCGGCCGGCUCUCAUAGACCAGUUCGCGUCAAAGUCGGUCCAAAACAGAGAUACAGUUGACUACGGCCGGAAAUUGGUCCCGAUAGUCAGGGAAGAGGUCGAUGCCCUCGGGCUACUAUUCAACGAAGGGCUCGCGGAGCGCCUAUACCAGAGCCCGACGUUCAGCCUCACAUCGCACAGAUUGGCUUCAUACAUGGACCUGCUGGCCCACAAGAACUCGGACCUCAAGAUCCUCGAGGUCGGCGCGGGGACGGGGAGCACGACGACCGCGGUCCUCGACGUGCUGUCCCAGCCGAGCCUCCAGGCCCCCCGGUUCAGCCACUACGACUUCACCGACAUCUCGCCUAGCUUUUUCGCAGAUGCGCAGGAUAGGUAUGCCGCCCACUCGGGCCGCAUGGGGUUCAAAGUCCUUGACGUCGAGCGCGACCCCGAGGAGCAAGGCUUCGAGCCUGGCUCGUAUGAUGUUGUGAUUGCUGCAGCGGUGUUGCACGCGACCAGCAGUAUUGAUCAGUCACUGCGCAAUGUCAAAAAGUUGCUAAAGCCCGGCGGUCAGCUUGUUUUCUGGGAGCCGACGAGCCGACGAAUCGCGUCAAUUCCUUUCUUCGUCGGGGUCCUCCCAGGAUGGUGGCUAUCUACCGAGAAGACUCGAACUUCAGGGCCUCUCUUGACCGAGCCAGAAUGGAACGAGGCCUUGCUGCGAGCUGACUUCGACGGACUUCACGUGUCUUUGCGAGACGACGCCGAGGGGAACCAUGUCAACUCCCUGCUGGUAUCUCACGCGAGAUACCCGUCCGAAUCCACAAGCAAGAGGACGGAUCUGUCAACUAUUAUCGUCACUGGGAAGAAGGAGCAUGACGACCUUGCUGACCGGAUCCGAGCAAACCUACGCUCACGGUCCAAGGGACUUUGCGAUGUCAUGCACGCCGACCUGCUCUCGGGAGCAGAGAUAGUCUACGACCAGUGCAUAUGCCUCAUGGAACUCGGAAACCCCAUCAUGGCACAUCUCGACGAGACCAAGUUCGAAGCACUUCGCCGCGUGACGACCGUGGCCACACAGAUAAUCUGGGUCACGGAAGGCUGCGGCGUGGGUGCCCAGAACCCCGAGGCAUCGAUAGUGGCAGGUUUUGCGAAAGUCCUCGAAAGAGAGCGCCCCGGCCUGAGCUUCGUCCACCUGAACGUACACGACAGGGAGCACGCAGAAGACACCAUCAUCCGCAUCGUCAACCAGAGCCACACGCUGUCGGCAGAGGACCAGGAGACGGACCUCCUGGAGGAGGAGGACGGCCGGGUCCUGGUCCCGCGGGCGGUCGAAGCCCCCGACGUCAACCGCCUCCUCGACUCGGAGAAACACGGCCUGCAGCCCCAGCCAACGGACGACGACGAGGUGCGCGUUCUGGUCAAGGCGACGGGGAUCAACUUCCGCGACGUCAUGGUGGCGCUGAACCAGAUCUCUGACAACCACAUGGGCGCCGAGUUCGCCGGCGUGGUCGUCGAGGCCGGCGCGUCCUGGAGGUCGUCCUUCUCGCCCGGGGACCGCGUGUGCGGGCCCCUGGACGGCAGCUUCCGGACCCUCGUGCGCGCGCCGGGGCGCAACCUCGUCAAGAUCCCGCCGAACUUGUCCUUCGCGGAAGCCGCGUCCAUCCCCGUGGCGUACGCGACGGCGCAGUACGCCCUGCGGUACCUGGCGCGGAUCCAACCCGGCGAGAGCAUCCUGAUCCACGCGGCGGCGGGAGGUGUGGGCCAGGCGGCGGUGAACCUCGCGCAGAGGGCCGGGGCGGCGGUGUAUGCUACCGUCAGCACGCCGGAGAAGAAGAGGAUCCUCAUGGAGAGGUUCGGCGUCGAGGCGGGCCGCAUCUUCUCGAGCCGGCAUACCUUAUUCGCGUCGCAGGUCAUGCAGAGGACGGGAGGCCGGGGCGUGGACGUCGUGCUCAACUCGCUCGCGGGCCACGCGCUCACCGAGAGCUGGCGGUGCCUUGCCCCCCUCGGCCGGUUCGUCGAGAUCGGCAAGCGCGACAUCAGGGCUUUCAACAGGCUGCCCAUGGAGCCGUUCUCGCGGAACGUGUCGUUCUCUUCGCUGGACCUCAAGGUUCUUGCGGACCACAACCCGGCUCUUUUGAGUACGAUCAUGAAAGAGAUCGAGGAACUCGUCUGGGAUGAGACGGCUCGGCCACAUCUCGUGCCAUACCCGUUGACGGUGUUCAAGCGCUCGGGGUUCGAAGAGGCGUUCCGCCUGUUGCAGAGUGGCCGACACAGUGGCAAGGUUGUGGUGGACUGGGAGCAAGCAGACACGAUCAAGGUCGUGCCGAAGAGCCCGCUUGACUAUUCCUUCGACUCCGACGCUACUUAUGUUAUCACAGCUGCGUCGAAGGACCUUGUCACGGCCCUCGAGCAGGACGGGGUCCACUUGUACACUCCGGCGUGCGAUGUCUCGGACGCCAUGGCAGUUGCAGACGUCGUUGCGCACAUCGAGGCCCGUAUGCCGCCCAUCAAGGGCUGCAUCCACAGCGCGAUGGCUAUCGAGAACCGCGUCUUUGAGAACUACGACCUGCCAACCUUCAACUCAGCAUUCCCAGCAAAGGUCCAGGGGACAUACAACCUACACAACCACCUGCCCAAGGGCAUGGACUUCUUCGUGAUCCUCGGCUCCAUAGCAGCGUUCAUCGGCCCAGCCUCCCAGAGCAACUACGCGGGCGUGAGCUCCUUCCAGGACGCCUUCGCCCGGUUCCGCCGCUCCGGGGGCGAGCACUGCGUGACGAUCGACCUCGGCGCCGUCGAGGGCAUCGGCUACAUCGCCGAGCGCGUCGCCGUGGCGCGCAACGUCGACAUGAUGUUUGUGGACCACAAGGUGCUGCGCGAGGGGGACGUCCACUUCACGCUCAAGUGGGCAUGUAACCCACUGCUGUCGACGCCCGAGUCGCCGUGGGCCGCGCAGGUCGUCGCGGCCCUCACGACGCCGGCCUUCGUGCGCCGCGGCGGCGUCCUGCGCGACCACAAGUGGAUGCGCAUACCCAUGUUCCGCCACCUGUACCGCAUGGAGCUGCAGCAAGGGAACAACAACAGCGCAGACGGGACCACCGCCUCCUCCGACGCGGACGGCGCCGAGAACGCGGGCGCGCUGCUCCGGGCGGCCAGGACGCAGGCCGAGGCCGCCGCCGCGGUGACGCACCUGUUCGCGAAGCGGCUCGCGCGGUCGCUGGCCGUCCCCGUCGCCGACAUCGACGUGGGCCGGCCGGCGUACGCGUUCGGCGUCGACUCGCUGGUGGCCGUGGAGCUGCUGUUCUGGUUCUCGAGCGAGAUCAGGGCGGACGUGCCCGUCGUGCAGAUCCUGGGCAGCUCGACCAUCGCCCAGCUCGGGGCCGUCGCCGCGGCCAAGAGUGAGCACUUGCAGGGGCGGGACUUGCCCGUGUAG